CUUAUGGGUGGAAACUACACAGGCCUCGGCAACGUGAAGCCGUCCGGCGAGUUCAACUUCGUCUGCGACCCGGAGGCGGCGAACAUCGUGCUCGCGUCCGUGCGCCGACCCAUCUUAAUCGCCUCGUGGGAGGUCUGCCUCAACCACGGCCUCGACAUGGCGUGGAGGAAAACGGUGCUGGGCGCCGUCGACUCACCCGCGGCCCGCUUCUUCGAAGCCGCUGAGCGCGCCGUGCUUGAGGACCGCACCUUCGGCGACUGGAUCACGUGCGACCAAGCAGCCGCCGCCAUGCUAAUCCGGCCCGAGAUCGUGCUCAAACAGUCGACGCACCACGCCACGGUGGAGCUGCAUGGGAAGCUCACUCGCGGCCUGAUGGUGGUGGACCGGCGCAGCUGGAGCGAGCCCACAGCUCUUGGCAGGAACGUCACUGUGAUCGAGGCUCUCGACCUCGAGCUCUACAAGAAGAUGCUGCUCGACGCGUUCGGCCAUCCGGGGGUCGUGUUCUGAGGCCGCGCCGCCGCCGCCGCGCCGCCGCCGCUACCAGUGGUCAACGUUUGACCAUGGCGGAUAGGAUAAGCAUGCCACCAUUAAGGUCAAUAGUCCGGUGUCCUCCAGGUGGUAAAACGUGCAUACUACGGUGUCGCCAAAUAUAUCAAAAAUGCCACGCCGAAGAAACGCGGGGACACUUAUGAGAACAAAUAAAAUUCCGCAUAUUCCCCCUUUGUAGCGAGCUGGAGUCAACCCACAGUGGUCGAAGCUGCAUUGCUGCCCAUGUUAACGAUCCGCAGCGGUCAAGUUAAGCCUUGUGUUCGGCAAAAGACGCUUAGGUGACGCUUGUGAUCGUUAUCGCACAUUCGUUGGCAUGUUGGGGAGAUAAUGCGUGAAAUGAAACUAGUGCAUCUCAAUAUAUUCUGAUUAUUCA